GUGAAAGGAAAACAAAUUCAUUUUUCUUGAUAAUAACAUUGAGAUCACUAGAGAAGAGAGAUUGAGGUUUGAUUAAUUUAGUGAAUUCAGCAUGGAAAAAGUGGUGCUACGGGUUCAUGACCAUCCUUUGUUACCCUUUGAACGCUUUUAUUUUGGCCGUUGUUCCGGGUGCUCACGUGAAGGCUACUUUUAUGGAGGCUACCGUUGCAAUGAGUUGGCGUGUUUUGCGGUGUUCCAUAAGGAGUGCGCUGAGUCCAAACCCGAGAUCAGCCACCAUGCCCAUCCCAAGCAUCUGCUUAAGCUUGGCAAUAGACGUCAACGUUGUCAUUUGUGUGAACGGCCGGUGGGAAUUGGUUAUUUUUGUUCGAUAUGUGACUUUGGUAUGCAUUUGGUUUGUGCGAAGUCCCCACCACUCUCACUUCAGCCACAACUCUCUAGUAUUGAGAAUUACAAGGUGCAUGAACAUCCUCUUAAACCUUUCAAAACAGCAUGGCUUGCAGAAACUGGCAAUUGCAAAGGGUGUAACUACAUUAUCGGCAAUGGAGAUAGCGCUCCUUUUUAUGAAUGUCGUCGGUGUAAACUUUACAUUCAUGUGACUUGCCUUGAGCUCUUUUUCACCACAGAUGCACGCCACAACUCUCAUCUCAAACACCCUCUCAAAUAUCUCAAAAAUGGACCCCCGAGCUACGCCGACCAUAAAUGCCUUCUUUGCGGAAGAGAGUUUGAAGAUCAACAAGGCCAAAAAUAUGAGCUUUAUCACUGUGAUGUUUGUAACUUCAGCAUAUGCAUUUCUUGUCAGGGAAACCCACCACCACUAGUUGUUGUUACUCCGAAGACCCACGAGCAUCAACUUCACCUCAUUCCAAGACUUCUUGAUUUUACUUGCAAUGCUUGUGGGACACAAGGUGACCGAAGCCCUUAUUUUUGUCUUCAAUGCAAUUUCAUGAUUCAUCGAGGUUGUAUCGACUUACCCCGCAUCAUAAACAUCAACCGCCAUGAUCAUCGCAUCUCUUACAUUUGUCAUCUCGGACAAGGGAAUUUGAAAUGCGGAGUUUGCCGCAAAACAGUGGAUGGGUUCUACGGGGCUUAUUCCUGCUCGAAAUGUUCUAGUUACGUUGUUCAUUCAUUAUGUGCAACUAGAAAAGAUGUAUGGGACAUGGUAGAACUAGAAGGAACACCGGAAGAAGAAGAAAUUGCGCCAUUCGAGGUGGUUGAUGAGAACACAAUAAAGCACAUGAGUCAUGAUCAUGAUUUAAUAUUCAACAAUGAUGGUAUAAAUCUCCAUGAAAGCAAGCUUUGUGAAGCAUGCGUCUCCCAGAUCAAUACUGAUCCGUUCUAUAGUUGUGAGCUAUGCGGUUUUAUUUUACAUCAAACAUGUGCUAAUAUGCCUAGGAAGAAAAGGCAUGUUUUGUGCAACAUACCCUUCUCUCUACAAACAGACGAUAGCAAGGAUUCUUCACGCCUAAGAAGAAAAUGUAGUCUUUGUCUCCAACAUUUCACUGGAUUUGCGUAUAAUCUGCAUAUUGCGUAUAACUCGCGUACCGAAGUUAUGGAUAUACGAUGUGGUUCGAUAUUUGAACCAUUUGUUCAUGAAAGGCAUCCACAUCCUUUAUACUACAAGUUCUUCACCUUUUCGGCGGUUGCGAAGUGCGACAUCUGUCACAUAACAAGAAGGCAUUUGUUAUGUUGUGAAGAGUGUGACUUUAGGUUGGAUUUCAGGUGCGCAACUUUACCAAAAAAAGUAAUGAAGCAAAGGUACGAUGACCAUCCACUUUUCUUGUCUUAUGGUGAAAAUAAUGUGGAUGGUGAAUACUGGUGUGACGUAUGUGAAAAAAGGGUAGAUGCAAAGACAUGGUUCUAUACAUGUGAUGCUUGUGGGGUCACUUUACAUGUUUCUUGCGUUGUGGGUGACUUCUCCUAUCAUAUGCCAGGACCAUUAUCAACCGUAGUUAGCGAAUACAAAAUGGUACCGCCCGCGGUAGUAAGCUUAUACAAAGUGGUGCCAAACACUUCGAUUUGUAGACCACUUUGCUCCAGGUGUCACACUAGAUGCAAACUCCCUUGCAUUCUUGAAACCUCCGAGGAUGGUGUUAAUGUUUACUUUUGUUCUAAUGAUUGUCAUAAAAAUCCUUGGGAGUCGUCGUAUUAUUAGUAGCGCACUUGGUUUAUUUAUUUCUUUCUAUUUUCUUAUUUACUUUUCAAAGAGUAUUUUACUUUACGUUUAUUAUUAAUAAUGAUAGGUUUUGUUUGUGAAACCUAUCUAAACAAUUGAGAGCGUUGAAGGAUUUUAUCGGGUUAGGCCAAGGGAUAGUUCUCUUGGGAGAGUUUUUCUCUUGUUAUAUUAUCGUUUUGUUUAUCUACUAUCAUAAUAAAAGUUUUGGUUUUGAAUUGCA